AAGAGUCCAAUAAAAUGUCUGCCAUUGCCAACCUACACGUGUUUUCCGUAAUUUUCAGCAGUUUGUGUCAAUUAGACCCAUUUCUAAUUAUCCCACAUUUCCCAAAAAUGAAGAAAUUCAAAAAGUGGAUAGUAACUUUCAUCUUUUCAAACUGGCAGUUAGUAUCAUUAGAUUAUUUACUCGUGAAUGGCAUGUGACACUGUAGCCGGCUUUCUGUUACAAUUUAUUAGGAGAUGACGAAUUCCGUUCGCUGGAUCUGAGUCCCAACAAGUCGUUGAAUAUUCUUUAAGAUCAUACAGACGUAAAGUAUACAAGAGAACAGCAGUUCAUCCUCCACGUUCCAACAAAAUGCCAACUGAUCAAGACUGGCCCUUGGUUUGGCCAGUUGCCAGAUCUUUCCAUCCAGCUAGUCCGCUGCCAUGGCAUCAGGAAUGGCUUGUUCGGGUGGCAACACCACCCGGUAAAUUUGUCAAUGCAGAGUUGAUGAAGAUCCCCAACUUUCUUCACUUGACACCACCCGCUAUUGAGAGACAGUGCCAAGCAUUGAAAAAGUUCUGCACAGAGUGGCCGAAAGAGUUGGGUACCAACGAAAAGAUUGAAAAUCAUUUACCCAUCACAAUCACAACUAGUGAUUACCUCCAUUCUUCCUCCUCAUUGAGGGAUGCCCGAUUCAGAAUAGUAACACUCCAGGUGAAAUUGAGCUCUUUGAAAUUGGACAAUCACGCCAAGGAUAAACUGCUUCGACUAGUGAAAGAGCAUUACAACCUAGAAACUGACGUGCUGACGAUUGUCUCUGAGCGGUGUCCUUUGAGAAUGCAGAACGUCAAUUACGCCAUGUAUCUGCUGAAUGUUCUCGUCAGCGAGUCUUGGAAAACUGAGCCGUGGGAGGAUGAGAAAUGCGAAGCAGACAUGGAAAAAUAUGUGUGGGAAGGGAGCCAGUCGCAACGAACAGUGGAGCAGCUGCUCCAACGAAUGCCGGACAAACAGAAAGCCCAAGACAUGCCGGAGGUCAUCGAACAGUACGCAGCCUAUUCUGGUUUAUCGUGUAUGUUCGCGUAGUUGCUGUCCGCUGUGGUACGUUGUU